UGCCAAAUGCUUUGGUAGACUACGUCUUGAACGGUCUUCGGAGUACGGUAGAACUUUUUGUUUGAUGCAGGUUUUUCCAGAAUGGCAGAGAGGCAGCCGAAGGAUUCUUCAGGGGAAGACAACUCUGCCUUGCUUGAUCAAUACAUUGAUUGUGCCAAGAAAUUCAUAGAUCUUGCCAAAGAACUUGGUCAUAUCAAAGGAGCUAACAAGCUGCAGCGAAUGUGUAAAUCGGAACUGAAGUAUCUGCAGUCGCUAAGAAAGAUUCCUACACUGGUUUGUGGAAAUCAUUUAAAGAGCAGCAACUUGAGCCACUUUGCUGGAUGUUUACAUGCAGCAUACAAUGCCCCUGGUGUGGUCCAGAUCCUCUGCCCCUUUUCUAUGACUGGACGGACAGAAAACCUCGUGGUGGAUGUUGUAGCAAAUCAAGGUCAUACAUGGGUCAAGGUCAUAGCAAGGAAAGCACAGGCAUUGCACUUGAUUUGGGCAGGAAGAGGACAGUUUGGAGAGAGAGAUCUGGUCAGACAAGCCAAGGAUUAUCUACGCUGUGCUGCUCACCAUCCAGUCAACUUCCAGAAACCCAAAGUCCACUUUGCUUUUUAUAAUCAGGUGACGAUACAAAUGGCAGCUUGCCUGGAGAAGUUGGGGGUUUCUGUGUCAGGUGACAGGGUACCUGUUGAUGAAGGAACAGCCAACCAGAUCAACAUGGCGUGUCUUUCUUCAGAUGAAGACAGUGAAGAUGAACCCUGUCCUGAUAACGAUAUCAGUGGCGAUGAUGAUUCAGAUGUAAAUCAAGAUGACUUUUCCUCACACACUGAAGGAAGAUUUGAAGGAGACAGAUUUUCAAUAGGACCUUCAGCUGAUUUGAACUGUGAUAUUACCACAAGUACCUCUAGACUUUCCAAGAAUGACACUUUAUUUUCUGAAAUGAAUUUAAUAGACUCUUUAAUAUCGUGUUUGCCAAGGUUUGAUUGUUUAACACACUGCGCAAAGGGUAAUGAUUCUGAAAAAGUCAACCUGGAUAUCACAACUUUGAUUACGCUGGUGUCCUCUGUAACUCAUGGAGGCUGCCAGUUUGAGUUUCCAGAGAAAAUUCUGGCUCAACAAGCUACAGAAGAAAGACAGGAGCCAGUCUUACCAAAACUAAGGACAUUUCUGCAAGGAAAGACAAUGUACGUGUGUAGGACAGCACUGGAAGAUUUUCAGUCAAUUCUGGACACUUUAGGUGGUCAAAAGGAAAAGGAACGUGCCAAAGAACUACUCUCUCGCGUCACCAUUGUGGACGACGAUCCGUCAGACAGAACAACACAGAUGCCAUAUUCACUUAAAAUCAAAGAAAGGUCAAAGGUGAUAUUCGGGACAGGUGAUAAACUCCAAGCAGUGACAGUAACGGCGAACUCUAGCUUUGUGAGAGCUGCACAGCAUCAGGGUGUGUCAUAUGCAGUGCAUUUACAUCCAUCAAGGGCCUUAACUGAAGAAAAAGAGAAGAGUGCUGUCCCUUUACCCUCUAGUGAAUGAACGGUGGACUCUGAUAUCUCUAUUGAUCUGUGAUGUAGACAAUAAUUGUCCUAAAAUCUUGUCAUGAACAGAUGUGUAAUUGCAGAGUUUAGAAAAUACAUAUAAGAGUAUGAAAUA